AUGGCCGCUGGGAUCUCUCGCAAUUGCACGAGAUCCAAGAAGGACGCGAUAACACUUGUGGGACCGCCGGAGACAUACUCUGGGAAGGCAGCAGGAGAGCCUCCCGAGGCCUCCGAGCAGCAGAAACUACAAGGGAAAACAAAGAACGCUAGACCCAAGUCGCAUACCCCUAAGCCACUCCAAAUCUCAGAGAAAGGAGGCAGAAAGGG